AUGCGUGCAUCGCUUGUGAACCAGCUUCGUGUGCUCGUGCCCGUGAAGCGCAGCAUUGACUAUGCUGUCAAAAUCCGUGUCGCAUCGGAUGGCAAGGGUGUGGACACCAAUGUACAGCAUUCCAUGAACCCGUUCGAUGAGAUUGCCGUGGAAGAGGCCGUGCGUAUGCGCGAGCGUAACAAGGACGCUAUUAAGCGCAUUACGGCCGUGACGGCUGGUCCUGCCAAGUCGCAAGAUGUGUUGCGCACGGCGCUGGCUAUGGGUGCGGAUGACGCCAUCCAUGUGGAAGUGCCUGGUCCUAUUGAGCCGCUGGCUGUGAGUAAAAUCCUGCGCGCGAUUGUCGAUAAGGAGGCCAGCUCCGACGAGAUUGGUCUUGUUCUUCUCGGAAAGCAGGCCAUCGAUGAUGAUGCUAGCCAAACGGGUCAGAUGCUGGCAGGCCUGCUCAAGUGGCCCCAGGCGACCUUUGCCUCGAAGGUCGAACUCGAGGGCAAGGGCGACAAGGGCGACAAGGUCACGGUGACCCGAGAGGUCGACGGCGGUCUUGCUGUAGUUGAGACGCACGUGCCUUUGGUCUUGACGACCGACCUGCGUCUCAACGAGCCGCGCUACGCCUCGCUGCCCAACAUUAUGAAGGCCAAAAAGAAGAAGGUCGUCAAGUACUCGGUGGCCGACCUCGGCCUCGAGAAGGAUAUUGAGCCUCGCCUCGAAACGCUCAAGGUGUCGGAGCCACCGCAGCGGCAGGGAGGCGCCAAGGUCGAAAAUGUCGACGAGCUCAUUAGCAAGCUCAAGGAGGCCGGUCGUAUCUAA